AGCUGACUGACAGCUCGCGCUGGCCGGCGCCUCAGAAGGACCCGGCUCUGGGGCCGGAGCAGUGGCCGCAUUCCCGAGCCCGACGGCGCCCGCUAGCUCCUCGUCUGCCCGGCCGGCCGGCCGGCCCCCGCCGCGAGGGCACAGCUGUUCUCAUUAGGGAAGAAUAAGCUUGAAUCCUGUUUUCUCGAUCUGAGCAUCUAGAUCUGAAAAAGGACACCAGCGGAGGUUAUCUGAGAUGUGUUCCAGCAGAUGCCUUAGGGCCCCGUGGGCCGCCCCAGAGGACUCAGUCCCGGUGGCCAGCGGCUCCCAAGCAGCUCAUGUGUGCUCAGCCUCAGGCUCCCGCUGACGCACCUGGGAACCUCGCUCGCCAGCCCCCACCUGGCAUCCUUGCCGGCAGUGCCCCCCACCCCCCCGAGCCAUGGAGGCCCCCGAGGUCCCCGUGGGCUCGCUGAUUGACUUCGGGGCCGGGGCCAAGCCAUCCACCUCCUCGCCCCUGGAGAUGCUGUCCCCAAAGCUGCAGGACGGGGACAGCUCCCCGGGUGAGGGUGCGUCGGAGAGUGAGACCACGGAGUCGGCCGACAGCGAGAACGACAUGGGCGAGUCGCCCUCGCACCCUUCCUGGGGCCAGUGCCGCCGCUGCUCUUCCAGCGAGUCCUUCUCCUCCAACCAGAGCACCGACUCGGCCAAGGAUGCGGAGCUGCUGGAGCUCCGGGAGUUCAUGCGCGGCUACGUGGAGAAGAUCUUCUCCGGAGGAGAGGACUUGGACCAGGAGGAGAAAGCCAAGUUCGGAGAGUACUGCAGCAGUGAGAACGGAAAAGGCCGGGAAUGGUUUGCCCGGUACGUGAGCGCCCAGCGCUGCAACUCCAAGUGCGUCUCGGAGGCCACCUUCUACCGCCUGGUGCAGUCCUUCGCGGUGGUCCUAUUUGAGUGUCACCAGAUGGACGACUUCGGGCCUGCAAAGAACCUCAUGACCAUGUGCUUCACCUACUAUCACAUCGGUAAACCACACCUGCUCCCCGCCGAGUUCAAGGAGAAGCCGGCCGGGAGCAUCGACUCCUACUUGAAGUCGGCCAAUAGCUGGUUAGCGGAGAAGAAGGACAUCGCCGAGCGGCUUCUGAAGAACACGUCGGCCAAGACGGAGAACGUCAAGGGCUUCUUCGGGCUGGAGACCAAGCCCAAGGGGCCCCUGGCCAGGAGAAGCGAGGAGAAAGAAGGCAAGUCCCAGGAGAAGCCACGGAAGACGGUGACUGUGUGCAGCCCAGAGGAGGAGAGGAAGGGGGAGAAGAUCUACCUGUACACACACCUGAAGCAGCAGCCCAUCUGGCACACGCUGAGGUUCUGGAACGCGGCCUUUUUCGACGCUGUCCACUGUGAGAGGAGAAAGCGGUCUCCCACCACCAGAGGGGAUGCUGGAGAGGAGGAGAAGAAGAGAGAGAGGUGGUGCCACAUGACCCAGGAGGAGCGGGACGACAGCCUGCGGUUCAACGAGAACAUCACCUUCGGGCAGCUGGGCACGUUCACGCACAACAUGCUGGCGUUCGGGCUGAACAAGAAGCUGUGCAACGACUUUCUGAAGAAGCAGGCGGUGAUCGGCAACCUGGAUGAGGGUGCCAGGAGAGUCCAGCAGCUGAAGGCCAGGGGCUGGAUUCAGAGGCAACUCCUGGUGACGGGGAAGGACCCCUCUGAAGGCAGCAAGGAUUCUGAAGAGCACGGGGACCCGAGCCUGGGUCCCGUUCUACCUCCCCACCAACCCACUGCGUGCCUUUUGCCAAAUUGUCUUUUGAACCUCAGUUUCUUCAUCCAUAUAAUGGGAGGGAAAACAUCACCCCUCUGAGGCGGUUCCUGCGAGAAAUGCAAAUGUGCUUCUCACUCUAAUCUCUUUCCUCCUUGUCCCGAUGAGGAAAUAAAUCAACCUGGGAGCUGUACCUGUAGGAAGGGUCCUGCCCAUUAAAGGAAAAAGAAAAACGACCAAACUUCUCUCUAAAUUUUAUAGGAAUCCAUUUAAAACAUACUCUUCAAAAUUCAUGACACUAAAUACAAAAGAAAUGUAAACAAUUAGGCAUUCACAUCGUGUUCCUUUGUAAAUUGUAACCUUCCUACUUCUGACUUUAUUGACGCUUAAAACUGUGCUGAGGCUUCCAGGGCACCCUGACCAUGGUAACAGCCCUGUCCCUUAAAUUCGCGCCGAGCACCUCUGCCUGCAGCCACCUCCCCUGCGCAGUGCCACAAACGCUCCGGCUCCCCGAAAGAAGCAUCUCCCCCUUUCCAUAUUUGGAACAAGCCUCUCACUAACGAAGUCACCUUUUAAUGUCACAGGAAAUGACCGCAGGUGCUCUCUUUUCUCCUGUACUCAGAUCCUGCGUGAGUUGCACUGGGAAGCAGUGGGGUGGGUUUGUCCUCAAUGCCUGGGACUCUGAAAGGAAGAGACCCCAAAAGUUAUGCUCCUUCCACCCCUGCUCACCCCACCUCCCCCCUCCUGGGCCCCAAAGAGAGGAGCUAGGAAUUUUGUCUCUACUCCCAAGCGACCAUGCACACAGAGCCAGGGAAGCUCCUGGCCGAUGUCCAACCCUGGAAUUGGGAACGAUUGGUCUCUUCGGCGUGCUGGGGCCAGAGAGGGAGGGGAGAGGCCCCCUUGUGCCGUCAACUUACCUUUAAUGAGCACCUACUGUGUGCCAGGCGCCACCAGGCUCCAGGACCACAGAUGAAGAAGCAAGGUCCUUUUCCUUCAGAAACUAUCAGUGGGGUUCAGACACAGCUGAGGUUAAAAAAAGGUCCAUUUGUGUGUGUCUGUGUGUGCGUGCAUGUGCACACAUAUAAAUGCUUAGAGUAUAAAAAUACAACAUAAAAUAUAUACUGUAAAUGUGAUGAUAUAAUACAAUCUAUGAUAAGGUUAUUUUAUAAAUUAUUAUAUAGGAAAUAUAGAAUGUUUUAGUUAUUUUUGGAGUGAGUGUCCUUCCUGGUUGAAUCAGGGUGGGCUUCCCUGAGGAGGUGCCUUGGCGCUGCAUUUUGGGAAAUAAAAGUCACUGUGGCAAAGACGUUAAUCCUGCAAUGAUCCCAUGAGAAAGGUUUGGUAUUUUUUAAUUUAAUUUAAUUUUUUAUUGAAAUAUAGCUAACUUACAAUGUUGUGUUAGCUUCUGGUGUACAGCAAGGUGAUUCAGUUGUACAUAUCCAUAUUCUUUUCCAUAUUUUUUUCCAUUAUAUGUUAUUACAAGAUACCCCUGUGCUAUAUAGUAGGACCUUGUUUAUCUAUUUUAUAUAUGCCAGUGUGUAUCUGUUAAUCCCAUACUCCUAAUUUAUGCCACCCCCCCUUAACCCUUUGGUAACCAUAAGUUUGUUUUCUACGUCUGUGAGUCUAUUUCUGUUUCGUAGAUAAGUUCCUUUGUGUCGUAUUUUAGAUUCCACAUGUAAGUGAUAUCAUAUGAUAUUUGUCUUUCUGUCUGACUUACUUCACUUAGUGUGAUAAUCUCCAGGUCCAUCCAUGCUGUUGCAAAUGACAUUAUUUCAUUCUUUUUUAUGGCUGAGUAAUAUUCCAUUGUAUGUAGGUACCACAUCUUUAUCCAUUCAUCUGUCAGUGGACAUUUAGGUUGCUUCCGUAUCUUGGCUAUUGUAAAUAGUGCUGCCAUGAACCUUGGGGUGCAUGUAUCUUCUUGAAUUAGUUUUCUCCGGAUACAUGCCCAGGAGUGGGAUUGCUGGAUCAUAUGGUAACACUAUUUUUUAAAGAACCUCCAUACUGUUUUCCAUAGUGGCUGCACCAGUUUAUAACACAUUCCCGCCAACAGUGUAGGAGGGUUCCCUUUUCACCACAGCCGCGAGGAAGGUUUUGUUCACCACUUUGCUGAGGAGGAAACCAUGGUACCCGCAGUGGGGAAUGAAAUCAGGGGCUAGCUGGCUCCAGAGCGUAGUGUUUAUCCUGAACGGCUGCAGGACGUCCUCUCCCUGGCAGAGGUCUCUAGGAGGCAGCAGGAGGUGUGCUGAGAGCCGAGUGACCCAGAGCUCAGAUGCCCCCAGCCACCAUCAGGAAUUUGCUCCCCAAAUGUGCACACCCAGGGGGCCCAGGCGGGCAGGCGGCCGAGCCUGCGGACUCCCACCCCUCCUCCACUUCUGUGAUGUGUCCCUGGUCCCAAGGUCAUCUCCGCACAUCACGUCCCUAUGGUUUGGGUGAAUUGCGUCCCCAAAACUCAUGUGUUGAAGUCCUAACUCCCAGUACUCACAAUGUGACCUUAUUUGGAAAUAGAGUCUUUGCAGAUAUAGUUAGUUAGGAUGAAUGGGGUGGACCCCUGAUCCUAUGACUGGUGUCCUUAUAAAAAGGGGAAACAGACCCCAGAAGGAGCCAGACCUGCCAGCACCCUGAUCUUGGAGUCCAGCCUGAGGGAGAAUAGAUUUCUGUGGUUUGAAGCCCCCAGUGUGUGGUGCUGUGUUAGGGCAGCCCUGGGAGAUGAUUCACCUGCGACCAAUAAGGACUCUGUGGGGCUCUCCCGGGACAGACCCACCCAACGUCCUCCACCUGACUCUUGUUUGUAGAAAAACUUUAGCCUCCUAGGCUAGUUCCCUGAGUUCCAAAGAAUAAAUUUAAUCAGAGAAAUGAGAAAAUGCAGAAGCUAAGGAAAAUAGUCAAGCAAGACAAAAUAAUAAGAGUUCAGCCAUUAAACAAAGCCAAGGACCUUUAGUUCCUCCUCAAGGGCUAUAGAUAAUAUUCUGCGCCAUGUCCUUUGAGCUGUUUUGCAGGUACGGAAACCCGACAGGUGGAAGAAGUUAACUGGAUGCUGCCCAGUUACCUCACCACCA